UGCAGGUUUCAUUAUUGUAUGCCAUACGGUGGUAGUAUAAAAUUGGGGCUCAUUUCUUAUCAUUGACGACAUGACGAAACAGGAUCCAGAAGCCAAACUCGAUGGAGGUUGGGGAUGGGUCGUCGUUGUUGCUGGAUUAAUAGUGUAUUUGAUUGUAUUUGGAUCUUUAAGAUGCCAGAGCGUGUUAUUUGUUUACAUCGUUGAGGAGUUUCAGGCUGAUUUCUCUGAUGUUGCGUGGGUUUCCUCAAUCGCGACUGGUGGCUUCUCCUUCGCAGGAGUUCUGGCAGCACCCCUGAUUUCCAAACUUGGCCACAGGUGGACUGUUAUUCUGGGUGGCUCCAUAGCAGCUUUAGGGUCAUUGCUUGCUUCAUUUGCCCCUACCUUACUAGUUCUUGAUCUUACUGCUGGGAUUUUGACAGGUAUUGGAAUGGGAAUUGCUUUUGUGCCUACACCGGUUAUCAUCGGCCAUUACUUUACAAAAAGGAGAUCGUUAGCAAUCAAUAUCGCCAGCGUUGGGGCUUCCGUAGGAACACUGGCUGUUUGUCCUCUCAACCAAGUCAUAACUGACGCUUACACUAUAAGAGGCUAUUUUUUGGCAUUUAGUGCGGUGUUUUUAAACAUUUGUGUUGCCGGAGCCCUGAUGAGGCCGCCACCUAAAGCCCCGGGGGCUGAGGUAGCUGAUAAAGAGGAAGUUCAAACACUGUUGGAACGUACUGACGCUGUUGAUGAAAUCCAAAAAAAUACAGAAUUUGAAAAAUCAGCACCAGAGAAUGAUAAACAAAGGACAUCUGACGAUGACAAUGAAAUACCGAAAAAAUAUGAAGAAGAUGAAAUUGAAUUAUCACAGUUGAUUGACAAAGUGGAAGACAAGGAAGCACAGGUAAACGAAGAAAAACCUGACAAAAAUAAGAAAAACGAAGACACAUGUUGGGCUAAAUUCAUAAAUUCUCCACUUUUGCGAAACCGAUCAUAUAUUAUAUAUUGCGUAUCGCAAGUUGUAUUUUUAGCUGGAUUUCUAUGCAAUCAAUUGUAUAUCGUACCGUAUGCUGUUAUAGAGGUAGGUUUACCGAAAAUUGAAGCUUCCUUAUUGAUGUCUAUUGGUGCGUUCAUUGAGAUCGGUUCCAGACUGAUGUUCGGAUUUCUGGGAGAUUUAGAGAAGAUUAACAGAAUUUGGCUGUUUUCUGGAGUUUUGUUCAUAAUGUCUGUCUUUGCAACCAUAUUGCCAUUUAUGAAAACUUUUGCAAGUUUGGCAACUAUUACAGCUCUAACAGGAUUGUUCCAGGGUGGAUUCUCUGGAAUGUCCGUAGUUAUUCUUGCAGAUAUUGUUGGUCUAAAAUUAUAUGCUCCAGCACUUGGAAUUUCUACAUUGUUGAACGGGUUCGGCACACUUCUAACUCCACCUGCAGUUGGAUUGGCUGUUGAUGCCACAGGCAAGCCGAGUACAGCACUGUUCAUAAGCGCCGGUAUAUUAUUUCUUGGAGCCAUUUUGUCAGGACUAAUAAAGAUAAGUAUGAAUUUUGAAGAGCGGGACAAGAAAUCUCACGAGAAGGGUGCGCAGAAAUCCACGGAUCAGGAAAAGAAGCACGAAAUGUCAGAAAUGAAAAAAUUGACGGAAAUAAAUACGAAUGAUGGUCAAGUCCAAUAACCAACGUUGACUUGUCAUGCCAGAUCAUUGAAACUCAAUUUGGAAAGUUUCCUUAUUCUUCACCUCCAUCAAGACAUCUCGGUGACAGUAAAGAUGAUUGGACCUGUUUGAAAUGCGUGGUUAAAUCUCGAAUAUUUGCCGAUCAUUACGUUAAAAGAUUAUAUUCUUCGUCACAGAUCAGAAUUUUAUAAGCGCUACUGUGAAGAAUAGAACUGACAUGGCUUAACUCCAAUGUAUAUACAUAUUCCGAAAAAAAAACUUGAAUGAUUGGCACGUCAAAGAAACGGACGGAUAGACUCCAACUCCGACAAAAGCCAUUCUAUUGUAUAACGGUUUUCACAUGAUUCACCGAACUUCUGUUUCUAAGCUGGUUCAACUAGUAGUCGGGGUGCUAAUUUCCUAUCUUUCUAUUAAAUUUUAUUCAUAAAAUAAAUCUAGUACAAUGGGA